AAUGUUUGGUCGCCACCUAUUUUAGGCAAAAAUAAAAUUUCCCUUUUCCAGUCGAGAACCCUUCUUCCCUAAUUCAAUCAUUUUGCCCUAAAUAUUCAACCUUGCUAAUAUUUGCAACUCCAAAUCUUCACAUUUGUGUGAAUCUCAGCAAGAAUCCGUGAGCAAGAAACGAAUUACUCACUCAAUCGAUCUGCCGAAAUGGCGGGCACCGGAAUCCACCCCUACCACCAGCAAUGGCCGCCAAUUCCCGCCCCUCCUCCGUCCGCCGCCGCACCGCCGCCACCUCCUCCCCACCCCCACCCGCACCCGCACCAGCCGGCGCUUCCUAUGGACAACUCCGCCUCCCGCCCUUCUAACGACGAGGUGCGUACGAUAUUUAUUUCGGGUUUACCGGAGGAUGUGAAGGAGAGGGAGCUGCAGAAUUUGCUGCGGUGGCUGCCGGGGUACGAGGCGUCACAGGUGAACUUCAAAGGCGAGCAUCCGAUGGGCUUCGCGCUGUUCGCCACUGGCCAGCACGCUAUUGCUGCCAAGGAUGCACUUCAGGAUAUGGUGUUUGAUGCGGAGUCGAAGUCUCUCUUGCACACUGAGAUGGCAAAGAAGAAUCUAUUUGUGAAGAGGGGGAUAGUUGCUGAUUCCAGUGCUUAUGACCAGAGUAAACGCAUGCGAAUAGGUGGUGAUUAUACACACACUGCUUAUUCAACAUCUCCUUUUCAUCCUCCCCCACCAGCUGUUUGGGGACCACAUGGGUAUAUGUCCCCAGCUCCACCCCAUUACGAUCCAUAUGCAGGUUAUGCUGUUCCUCCCGUGCCAAUGCCUGCUCCAGCUCCUGUACCUGCACCUAGCAGUUAUGUACCUGUCCAGAAUAACAAAGACAACCCUCCUUGUAAUACCCUUUUCAUCGGCAAUCUGGGUGAGAAUAUCAAUGAAGAUGAGCUCCGGGGCCUCUUUAGUGUCCAACCUGGUUAUAAGCAGAUGAAAGUAUUGCGACAGGAAAGGCAUACUGUGUGCUUCAUCGAAUUUGAAGAUGUAAACAGUGCGACCAACGUGCACCACACCUUGCAGGGUGCUGUUAUACCCAGUUCCGGUGCUGUUGGAAUGCGUAUUCAAUAUUCGAAAAACCCGUUUGGGAGAAGGAAGGACUCAGUCUACCAAACUCCUCCCCAAAAUGUGAAUGGAAUUCCUCCUGCAAUCAACUACCAGUAGCUUGAAGGGGGAUGUAUCUCAUUCCAUAAGCCCCGACAACUGCAAGCACUGUUUGAUAAGGAUGCAUCAUGCAGCUGUUGCACUCAUCCCAUUCAUCAUCUCAUCAACAUCAGCAUCCCUUCACUUAUAUACAUAUCUAUAUAUAUGUGAAUGCACUCUGUGGAAAACAUUUUGUCGAUCCAUUUAGAAUCUAGAUACACAGGACAUGCAUUCAAGGCUGUGCUAUCUCCUAGUUUUAUAUGUUGAUCUGUUGUGAUCUGUUAUUGCAUGGUUUUGUAGUGGCGUAAAAUCUACUUGCUUUUGUCUGAAAUUUGAUGCAUUUUGAAUCCACUGAAGCAAUGUGGUGUAUGUCCAGAUCAAUUCUUGACACCAACUACAUCACGACAUGAUCAUUAUUUUUCAUCAUUCGAAAUCCCAGAAACCUCACACUUAGUGAUAGCUCCAUUCAACUUAGUAAAACCAUCACAUUCCUCAUCAGGCAUCCAUCAUUCUGGAAUUUGAACCUCUUGCACCCAUGAACCUUGGCAUCCAUGAUCCACCGGCAUAGCAUUGCCGUCUGUUGGAAAAUCUAAUGGUGUUAUGCAGGUUGACGAAGAUGCCCGAGCUCAUAUUCUGCAGAACAGAACUUGAUGAGCUGCACCAAAGGUAGUAUUGCUUUUAGGUAGUUUCUUGCCCUUUUGUCUCUGCAUAUUUCGCCCAACCCUUUGACUGAUAUGUUAUGGUGUCUUUGUUUAAGUGUGAAAAUCAAGAAUCCUUUAUUUUAUGCUAAAA